CAAUCAGACGGAGUUGGAAUGGAUCGAACUUGGGAGUUGAAAAUUGAACAAAAAAAAAGAGGAAGAAAAUUCCAACAAUGAGGGUGCUUGAAUAUUGAUCAAUAGGAAGAUGGUGAUUGUGCUCGAGUGAUAAAUGAGGAAAUUUUUAUCUGGUGAAAGUUUGGAGAGGAGAAACUCGGAGGAAGACCCUUCCUUUGAAAUGACAAAUUCCACGGUGGGCUCCAACUAGACCUGAUCCUAGUUUGAGUGUGUGUGUAUGUGUGGGCGUUUGCCCGAGUUCAUGUGUACUUUGGCCAAUGGCGAACAUGGUAAAUUGACCAUCGUUCGAGAGAAAAUGAAACGACCCACAUUGCGUGUCUUGGUGAUAUCUUGCGCCCUAAGUCUGGCCGCACUCGAAUCCGUGGGCAUUUUACUCCAUCUGCUUUGUCAUGAAGCUUGUCUAAAUUCCGGCCACUUCAGGAUCCAGGUCAACAGUACCACCCUCAGAAGGAUUGACCGACCUCGGAAGCCCGUUUGGGAGGGGAACCCCACGACAGAUUCGCCUCCAACUUCAACUCGAUUUGGCGAAUUGGGCAACUUCGAGGACAAAGUUCGGCUCUCCCACCCGUCAGCCGAGUCUACCACCAUGGCCUCCUCAACAACGACUGCCAUACCAACAACAGUUGUUCCCCAAGGCUCCUCCUUUGAGGGCAUCAAUGCACAUGCACAGCUGUUCGCUGGAGUGGUUCCUCGGAUGAUCAACAGCUUUAUCAUUCGCAUGGGAAGACCGUUUCAAAUUGGAGCCAAGGCAAGUUCAAAGCAGCAACGGCCAACCAAUUCCAGUCCAAUCAACAAGUUUGCCCCUAAUUGGAGACCUUUAAAUGGAAAGCCCCAUCACGCCCACUCAAGUAUAAGGAGUGGAAUGAAAUUUAAUGGUGGGAGUGGAUGCGAAAAAAGUGCCAAUUUUCCCAUCAAAGAAGGGACGAAAGAGGAACAAAAGGAAUCGACUGCGAACGAGAGGGUGGAGGAGAAGAGAGACAGGCAAAUUUGGCAAUCAACUCAAAGCGGACAAGAGGAAAGUGACAAAGGCGGAGCUAGGCGCCCAUUUUAUAUUUUUGGAGCCAAGUUGACUUAGCUCGGAAGUGGGAAGAAGCAUCCGCACUUCCAAUAUGUUAGAAUCCAUGUGGAAGUAAUGCGAGACGAGGAAGACUCGGAAAGUAGGAGAAGAUCCUUUGCUAUUGAGCUUCAUAUUUGGAUUAUAACCUAGUUCUCCAAAGCCCUCCUUCGCCUCCGCCUUCUCGUCUUCUUCGUCUUCUUCUUCUUUUUCAUCAUCAUCUUCAUGGAGCGUUGGAUAUGGAGUUAAAGGCUCUCUUUGAAAUUCACUCUCUCGACUACCACAGGGACUCUCAAUCUCGUCUCUGGGGUAAUCUCCCGAGGAAAGAAGGAUUACCUUGUUCUUUAGGAUGGGUUUUAAUCCGGCUUAGUUUCAAAAUCCUAAUUGAUUCCCGUUCUGCACUAUUUUUUAUCAUUCCGGUACAGACGGACUGGAAUUGAUGGCGAGGAACACGACCGCCACACUCUCGACCAUUGUUCCUUGCUUGCACUUUGAAGUUUCAUUAGACUGCGUUUCUGCCUUGAGAGAA